UCAAUUCCCCUCCGUCGUCUCGGCGCUAUCGCCGCCGUGGCCGGCGGAGCAUACACAAUUGUGCGGCAGCCUUCAUUCUCCUCAAGCGAUCGCGGUGACAAGUCUACCGCACUCGACACUUUUCGCCGGAAAAUUGCUGAUCCUUUCGCCGUCGUACCACCACGGAAUACUCAGGAAGCGGCUCUGAUCGGGUCUAGUUUGGUUAAUCCUCUUGAUAUACUUGUUGUUGGAGGCGGUGCUACGGGUUGCGGUGUUGCUCUUGAUGCUGCGACGCGAGGACUCCGAGUUGGAUUGGUUGAGCGAGAGGAUUUUGCAUCUGGUACUUCUUCAAGGUCUACUAAGCUAAUUCAUGGAGGAGUUCGCUAUUUGGAGAAAGCAGUUUUCAACUUAGAUUACGGGCAGUUAAAGCUAGUUUUCCAUGCCCUUGAGGAGCGUAAACAGGUCAUUGACAAUGCUCCACACCUUUGUCAUGCUUUACCGUGCAUGACUCCGUGCUUUGAUUGGUUUGACGCGAUCUACUACUGGGCCGGCCUGAAAAUGUAUGAUUUGGUCGCAGGGCGACACCUAUUGCAUUUGUCUAGGUAUUAUUCUGCACAAGAGUCUGUUGAAUUGUUUCCUACCCUCGCACGAAAUGGUAAAGAUAAAACUCUGAAGGGAACUGUGGUAUAUUACGAUGGACAAAUGAACGACUCACGCCUCAAUGUUGCAUUAGCAUGCUCUGCUGCUUUGGCUGGUGCAGCUGUGCUUAACCAUGCAGAAGUUGUAUCCCUUCUCAAAGAUGAGGGUGAUGGUAGAAUAAUUGGUGCACGUAUUCGGAAUAACUUGUCAGGGAAGGAGUUUGAUGCAUAUGCAAAAGUUGUUGUUAACGCUGCUGGGCCUUUUUGUGAUUCUGUACGGACAUUAGCUGAUAAAGAUGCAAAACCCAUGAUUUGUCCCAGUAGUGGUGUACAUAUUGUACUUCCUGAUUACUAUUCUCCAGAAGGAAUGGGCUUGAUUGUCCCUAAAACUAAGGAUGGUCGAGUGGUCUUUAUGCUUCCAUGGUUGGGCAGAACAGUAGCUGGUACCACUGAUUCAAACACCAGCAUAACGAUGCUGCCAGAACCUCAUGAGAAUGAGAUCGAAUUCAUUUUGGAUGCCAUCUCUGAUUAUCUUAAUAUUAAGGUACGUCGUACUGAUGUCCUAUCUGCUUGGAGUGGUAUCCGCCCUCUAGCAAUUGAUCCCAAGGCAAAUAGUACGGCGAGCAUCUCCAGAGAUCAUGUUGUCACUGAAGAUCAUCCUGGUUUGGUAACAAUUACUGGUGGAAAAUGGACUACGUAUAGAAGCAUGGCAGAAGAUGCGGUUGAUGCGGCUAUAAAAUCUGGAAAAUUGAACCCAGGGAAUAAAUGCUUGACAUACAACCUUCAACUCGUAGGUGCAGAUGGAUGGGAUCCUGCAUCUUUUACGGUACUUGCUCAACAAUAUGUCCGCAUGAAAAGGUCUCAUGCAGGGAAGGUUGUUCCAGGAGCAAUGGACACAGCUGCCGCUAAACAUCUAUCUCAUGCUUAUGGUGCAUUGGCUGAACGAGUGGCUGCUAUUGCUCAGAACGAAAAUCUGGGAAAACGACUGGCUCAUGGAUACCCUUUCUUGGAAGCUGAGGUUGCAUACUGUGCUCGGGAAGAAUACUGUGAAUCCGCUGUAGAUUUUGUAGCUAGAAGAUGUCGUCUUGCCUUCCUUGACACUGAUGCUGCACAACGUGCACUGCCACGAAUAAUAGAGAUACUGGCUGCAGAGCACAAAUGGGACAAGUCUAGGCAGAAACAAGAACUGCAUAAGGGAAAACAAUUUUUAGAAACUUUCAAGUCUUCAAAAAAUGCACAAUUCCAUGAUGGGAAGCACUAGUUCUUAAAGCUGUAUAUCAAUCUUCAAGACAGAGUUCUACUUUUACAUUCUUCUGCGUUAAAGAGUGACGAAAAUACCACACAUACCUUUUUCAUGUAUGCAUUUCAUAUGGACUAAAGCUGCAGAAUGACUUAUUCUGUCAAAGCUUAUAAGUUUCUUAGGAACAGUUCAUUUUUUCAUUUCGUCCGUUGGGAAGAUCAUUUCUCUUGAUCAUCUUAUAGUUAUUGGAUUAUGUCUAGGGCAUGAAAUUUGGCCCCUCUGAUGUAAUAAUUAUUAAUUUAAUUAAGUAUAGAUUAAUGUUAUUUUUG